AUGGAGGUCCUCGAAGUUUGCUUUACGCUUUUCUUCAUUGGCGAGAUCCUUGUGAAAAUAAAGGUGUUCACCAUUCGAAUUUUUUUGCUUGGUCCUGACUGGUAUUGGAGCUGGUUUGACAUUCUUUGUGUGGUUCUGGCUUUGGUGGACCUUUUGACCCUCACUUUGCUGACCUCAAGUGCAGAGCCAGUGGUCGUGACGAACUCGACGUCGACAGGAAAGGAUGAGGCAGCUAGCGAAGGCAGUGUGGCCGGGAUCCUGAAGAUGCUCAAGCUUGCCCGGCUUGGCCGCAUCAUCAGGCUGCUAAAGUUCAAGCGCCCUGGCAUGAAUGGUGCAGAAUGGAAGGACGAGUUCAGCACAGUCCCUGAUGCAAUGUUCACUAAUUUCCGGUGCUUUACUGACGGAUGCGCAGACCUGGACGGUCGGCCUUUGCAAGAACGCCUCCGGAGAGUCGAUGGAGGGGGUCUUUUCAUGUUCUCCUACAUUCUGUUGUUCCUGUUCGUUACAAUUGGAAUCUUCAACCUGAUAAUGGCGGUGUUCAUCGAUAAUGUGGCAGAUGGCAGCACAAAAAAGAGGCAGCGUGAACUGGGUGAGAACGCACCUAGAACUGAAUAUGUCUUGGCGACAUCUCUGCGGCACCUCAUCUUGACCAACAUCUUCCACAAUGAGACCAAAGACUUAACGGAGGAAGAGCGGACUCGAAUCCUGAACGAGAAGCUGGAGAAGCUGAGGGAGAUGUAUGGGUAUAUGCCACACACGGCGCAGGAAUACGAGCAAUUGGCGGACGAGAUCCGCAGCGAGAUGCUACAGCGAAAGGUGGUUGUCACCCAAGAUCAGUUCAACAGGUGGCUUUCGAGCGAGAAGGACUUGAUCACAAAGCUGGAGGAUGCUGAGAUUGACCUCUCCUGCAAGUCCGACUUGUUCGAAGUUCUCGAUGCGGACCUCAGUGGUGAACUAGAGUUCGAUGAGAUGGUAGAUGGGCUACUCAAGUGCCGUGGCCCUGUAUCGAAGACAGACAUCAUCUCUAUAAGGCUGAAGACGGACCUGCUAGUGAAGAUGAUGUCACAGGUAUGUGAAAAACUCGGAAUUGAGGAUGACGACUGA